UCUCCUCCCACAUCCUCAGUCCUGUUUUCUUUGGCAACAACGCUAAACCUCUUGUAUAACCACUGCUGAUUUUUACGAGUUUGAAAUUGAUUCGUCAGCUAAGGAAAACAUCACAUCUAUCUUUUAAUCUGAACUUUUUUUUCUGACAAUACACCGAAACCAUCAUGAUGGUCGGUUUCGGCUGUCCGGUAAUCCUGUGGCUGGCCUUGGCCGCCGUGCAGGGCUCGGUCCUCGGGCUCGGUGAGGACAUGGACCGGCCCCUGAUCGGGCCUCCAGGCUCUCCCGUCCGGCUGCAUGAGUCCGACGCUGGGCUGAAGAAGGCUCUGCAGUUCGCGGAGGAGCGCUACAACCAGGGCUCCAACGCCAUGCACCUCCGCAAAGUCAGCAGGCUCCUCUCGGCCACCAAACAGCUUGUCAAGGGUAUCCGCUACUCCAUCACAGUGGAACUGAGUAACACUCAAUGCAAGAAAUCCACCAUGCUCAGGACAUGUGACUUCUAUCCCGAGUUACAGAAACUCAAGACGGAGGUGUGUUUGUUUGAAGUGUGGGACAUUCCCUGGCAGGGCACUUCCACUCUGCUCAAGCAGAAGUGCCAGCCUAAAGUUGAAGUUCAACAAGAAGAGACAAACAACAUCGUCGAUGCAUCAACCAGCCAGCCUCUGGAGGACUCUGUGGAGCUGUUGGGCCAGUUCAAAGAGUUCAUGGUCAAAUACAACAAGGACUACAGCAGCCAGGAGGAGGCAGAUUAUCGUCUGUUUGUCUUCCACGAGAACCUGAAGACCGCUGAGAAGCUGCAGACUUUAGAUCAAGGCUCAGCCGAGUAUGGAGUCACCAAGUUCAGCGACCUGACUGAGGAAGAGUUCCAGUCUGCAUACUUGAACCCGCUGCUGAGUCAAGGGAAUCUUCACCGACUAAUGAAACCGGCUCCUCCUGCCCGAGGUCCCGCCCCUGCCAGCUGGGAUUGGCGGGAUCACGGGGCUGUCAGUUCCAUCAAGAACCAGGGUAUGUGUGGAUCCUGCUGGGCAUUUUCUGUGACAGGCAACAUCGAAGGCCAGUGGUUCCUGAAAAAUGGAACGCUGCUGUCCCUCUCUGAACAAGAGCUGGUUGACUGUGAUGGGCUGGACCAGGCGUGCAAAGGAGGGCUGCCGUCCAACGCUUACGAAGCUAUAGAGAAGCUGGGUGGCCUGGAGACAGAAACAGACUACUCCUACACCGGCAAGAAGCAGAGCUGUGACUUCACCAGCAUGAAGGUGGCCGCCUACAUCAACAGCUCUGUGGAGCUGUCCAAGGACGAGAAGGACAUUGCAGCUUGGCUGGCUGAGAAUGGACCCGUCUCUGUUGCACUGAAUGCCUUCGCCAUGCAGUUCUACAAGAAGGGUGUGUCUCACCCUAUGAAGAUCUUCUGCAACUCCUGGAUGAUCGACCACGCUGUGCUGAUGGUGGGAUACGGAGAACGUAAGAGUUUUUGUUCCGUUUUUUUCCUCAUAUACCCACUUACUACUGGUGUAAUAAAGUUUCUGUGCUUUCAGGUAAAAAUAUCCCAUUCUGGGCCAUCAAAAACAGCUGGGGAGAGGAUUAUGGAGAGCAGGGUUACUACUACCUCUACAGGGGGUCCAAUGCGUGUGGGAUCAACAAGAUGUGCUCAUCUGCUGUCGUCAACUAAACCACCAACACCCAAUAUACACACACUCACACACAAUUGAUCAAAAACACAUGAUGAUUACAACCACACACACACACACCAUGUAUACAUCACUUCAGGGGACAUUACAUUGACUUGCAUGCAUUUCCUGGAGACUUAUCCUAACCUUAACCAUAACCAACACAUGCCUAACCCUAACCCUAACCCUAACCCUAACCCUAACCCUUACCCUUACCCUUACCCUAACCAAGUCUUCACCCUAAAAUUAAUGAUUCCCCUCAUGGGGACCUCCAUUUUGUCCCCAUAAGGGAGGCGAGUCCCCACACGUGACUGGGUAAACAGAUGUAGGUCCCCACAAGUAUAGUAAUGCCACACACACACACACACACACACGCGCGUAAAGUCCUACUGAUGUUAUUUUUCCGUUAAACCAAACUCACAUCUUCAUACCUCAUACCUCAUACCUCACACCUCGUGUCAGUUUACUAAAAGUAUACCAGCUCUAAUAAAGCUAGCUUUUCUUAGGACUUUGAUCCUUAUUUUAAAGUAAAGUAUUUGUGCAGAUUUUAUUCCGUUUGCCCUGCAGGUCAUAGUGGUUGCUGUGUUGUAUGCAGUUUUGGUUUUUAACUCAAUUUUCCUCACAGUAACUGAUUUCUAGUUUGAUGAAGAGCGUGCAAUAUUGUAGUUAGUAUUCUGUCUUGGGGGUUUUCUUUGAUGUUUUUAACAGUGUUCAUGCUAAUGCUAUUUAGUACUGGAGUUUUGAAAGAUGGGAGUUUUACCAUAUGCACAUAUGCUCCGAUCGUAACUGCAAUGAAAUUGUAAAAACUGCUGUAAGACAGUCACACUUGAAUGGAGGUUGAAUAAAAAAGUGUGGAAUCCAA